UUCACUAGAAACAAACAAAACAAAACAAAAUUUAGAGCUAUCUAGCUUCUUAUUAUAUUCUUCUAGAUCUUUUCUUUGUUCUUUCUAUAUACACCACAAUUCUCUAAAAUCAUAAAUAUGUCUAUGGCACUAGCAAAAGAACAUGUUAUUAUGAGUGAUACAAAAAUGGGCAUGGUUGAUAAUUAUGAUCAAUAUUAUGAAGGUGAAUUUGGGAUCCAUGAUCAUUCAUCCCCAGAGUUAUAUGGGAUCCAUGAAGAACCUCCAAAGUCUAUUUUUGAAGAAUGUGAAAAUUCAGAAAAAACAAGUCCAAAAAUAGCCAAGAAUUUUGCUUUAAGCAGUUCUAAUUCUUCCCUUUCUAGCCCUAGUAGUUCCAAUUCCAAUGCUCAAUCUGUUAUUAACUUCAAAGGGGCUUAUGGUAAUUUUAUGCAUUCAGCAAAUGGAUCUUUGUUGAGUUUUGAACAAAGUGAAAGAUUUUGCCCAAAUCCAAGAAUGAUUAGCAAUAUUAAUCAAGUUGAAGGAUCUGUUUGGGAAGAUAAUAAUUUGCAUUAUCAGAAUUGUGUUACUCCUAAGGGAAGUAGUAAUACUAGUCCUAGAGUGAUUAAUGACAAUUCCAAUAAUAAUGGAAUACCAUUUGGAUGGUUAAAUUCUGAAGCUAAUGCAAGCACCACUACUCAUGUUGAUGAAUCACGUUUCAAUAAGCGUCCUUCCACGGAAGAGAGCAUGCAAACAAAUAAGAAGCAAUGUAGUGCGGGUUCAAAAAAGGGGAAACCAAAUAAUAAUAAUAAUUCAAUUGGUACAAAGGAUCCACAGAGUAUUGCAGCCAAGAAUCGUCGAGAACGGAUUAGUGAGCGUCUUAAGAUACUACAAGAACUUGUUCCAAAUGGUUCCAAGGUUGAUUUGGUCACCAUGUUAGAGAAAGCAAUCGGUUACGUCAAAUUUCUUCAAUUGCAAGUGAAGGUGUUGGCAACAGAUGAAUUUUGGCCUACACAAGGUGGAAAAGCACCAGACAUUUCACAAGUCAAAGAGGCAAUUGAUGCUAUCCUUGCUACUCAACGAGACAGAAACUCAACCUCCAAGUGAUCAUAGUAUCGAGCUAGAUUAUAUUUUAUUGAUGAAAAAGGACGUUUCACAAAUAAUUGAAGUAUCGCACUGAUGGCUUCAAAAGGAAAUAAAGUUUCCCUUUGAGGAUUAAUUAAUAUGGUGGUGAAAAUCGGAGCCAUAAGUAUUACUUAUCGGAGUUUUCCUUUGAUUAUGAGUAAGAUAAAAAGGUCACGAUUGUGUGACCAUCUUAUCUAAAAUUGAAAAAAAAAAUCUUCUUUGUUUAGGUUCGUCUUUUUUGGUCAUGCUUUCUCAGUUCGGUGUAAUAUAGGGAUUUUAUUUUUAUUUUUCUUUUUUUUGUAAUAUAGGAAUGAAAUUUAGUUUUAUGGAAAAA